AUGGGACAACAAGAAAUAAGCAUUCUAUGUUAUGCGGAUGACGCAGUGUUGAUUGCCGAGAGCGAAGACGACCUGCAGAGACUCCUACAUCAAUUUACUAGAAUAGCAGCAUCAUUCAACAUGAAAAUAUCUGUAGCUAAAACUAAGUGUAUGACGACAUCAAAAAUACCCAUCAGAUGCAAACUCGAAAUCGAAGGGCAAAUAAUCCAGCAGGAAAUGAGAUUUAGAUACCUCGGCAUAGAACUUUCGGGAUACGGUGAUGUAGAAGAAGAGGUAAGACAGCAAACAACUAAGGCAGCAAGGGUAGCAGGAUGUUUAAACGACACAAUAUGGCGAAACAAGCACAUGAGAACCGAUACAAAGAUCAGAAUCUACAAAACCACGAUCGGAUCCAUUAUGACGUACUGUGCUGAAACACGAGCCGAUACUGCAAGGACGAAACGGUUACUGGAGACAACAGAAAUGAAGGUGCUCAGAAGGAUUGCUGGAAAAACACUCCUGGACGGGGAAACAAGCGCAAGCAUACGAAAGACCUGUAAAACGGAAGAUAUCAACGAAUGGGCACUGGAAAGAAAAAAAGAAUGGAACUCACAUAUAGACAGAAUGAGCAAUACAAGAAUUGUCAGAAUAGCACGCGACCAGAGACAGAGACUAUGCACGCGACAAAUCUCCACUGGGCCACAGAGAUCCGGGUCGGCCUAG